UACCCAGUAAAAAAAGAAAAAUCAUUUGCGAUAACAUUAUUUUGUCGUUGUUGUCACAAAAACAUAUUUUUAUUAUUUCGUUCGUUAUUUAUAUUGUGCGGUCUUCGUUACCUUGAAAUAACGUACGCGUCGGAAACCACCGCCGCCGCCACACUCUCACUCCGUCCCGCCCGCGACGACCCGUUUACCGUUUACGCGUUCGACCAGGCGGCAGGCAGACAGGCAGUGCGACGCGCGACAACUGCGACACAACACGCGUCGUCCGCUCGCCGUCAAUUCCGCAGACACGAUCUCGUCCGCCCGAUGCCAGACUCGUCGUAGAUCCGGACGUGAGUAGAAAAGUGUUUUUGUCAGCCCGACCGACAACGGGUUUCGUCGUACUACUAAGCCAUAUUCGCUAUAUGCUCCGCCUUAAACGCGACCGAUAUCGAGCGAUUCGUGUACAAUGAACACAAACCCGGCGACCGCUGUAGUAAAUACUGACCACUGAAUAGGUACCUACUUAGUACCUACCUACCUACUUACCUACCUAAGUAUAUCUAUCUAUCCCCGAGCUCUUCCUGGUUGCAUUAACUUUUUUCCGUAUCCCUCGAUUAGUUUGUUUUGGUCUCGAUCUCGAUCACGAAAUUCAACAGGUAUCCACGAUCCACCUACAAGAUAUAUUUUGAUAAACCUACCUACUCGGCACGCUCGAGACGAGAUCUCACAGGACCGCUCGAACGAAUAAUGUUAAUGAUUAUUAUUCACCGCACGUUCCGCACCUAAUAAUAUAAUACCUGCUGUCGCCACGCUAUGUCUAUCGCUCGGUAAACAUGUUCGCGUCUAAACAAUCAACAGUAAAAAAUUACACAAUAGAUACCAACGUGGAGGAAAGCAAUGCACUAUUGGUCAAGGUGGAGCGAAAUAGCUCUAGCCAUUACGACCAACCUGACUCUGGGUUAUAUGGCCACAACAGUAACAGUUUUGAGGAUAUUGAGAACGGUAACAUUACAGCAGUCCCUUUCAUGGAUGAGACAACUUCAUUAUCCCAAAAUGCUAUCUUAAUACCAUUAACCGGAACAACUCCCCCUCAACAUCAUGAUGAACCAUUCAGUACAAACGCCUAUAAAACACUCAAACGAGGCAUUUCACAUGCUACUGACAAUGUGAACAUUGUUUCCCAAGCAAGAUCAGAAUUGAUAUUUAUCGACAACACUGAAGAUGAACUACAGAUUGUGGAAACUCCGGUUUAUACUUUUAUUCUACCCGAUUUGUUACAACUAGAAGAAAAAUUUCGAAUGUUCAUUGAAAAAGACUUGAUAGCAGUAGCAAUGCAAAGUUCUCUCGAACAGGCUUCAAGACUAAAUUGGUGGACUGGAUUUUGUCAAAGGCUUUGGCCACUUUCAACAUCUGGCGAUGGCAACUGUCUUUUGCACGCUGCUUCGUUGGGUAUUUGGGGAUUCCAUGAUCGGUUAUUAAAUUUGAGGCGUGCUUUGCACUCGUUCCUGAGCAAUGGUCCAGCUCGACAUUCACUCUGGCGUCGUUGGCAACGACAACAAACUAUUAUGAAUUCAUUAUUUGGUCUCGUAUAUACAGAACAAGAAUGGCGCCGGGAAUGGAAUGCAAUUGUCAACAUGGCUUCCACCGUUCCUCGUAUGCGGAAACAGAGUGCAUCAAGUGGAAAUGCAGAUACCGAAGGAUACAUUUAUGAGAGCCUUGAAGAAAUACAUGUUUAUGCUUUGGCACAUGUAUUAAAAAGACCUAUUAUUGUCAUAGCAGAUACUAUUCUCAAGGAUAUGAACGGUGAAGCCUUGGCUCCUAUACAGUUUGGAGGUAUUUACUUGCCCCUGGAGUGUUACCCGUGUGAUUGUCAUCGUUCCCCUUUGUUAUUGGCAUAUGAUGGAGGGCAUUUUUCAGCUUUGGUUGCCAUGGAAACACCAAAUUCAACUCUUUCUUGUGCUAUACCUUUGGUGGAUUCAAAUGGUGAACUUUUACCGAUACAGUUUCCUGUUGAUCCAGGGGAAAAUGAUCAUUCUCCUGAUAAAAAUCAAGAACUGUCGUUUACAGAUUCAUUGUCAUUAUUGAACAGUUACUUGGAUAUUGUGAAACUCGACCCUCAAGGUAACAAUGACACUACAGGGAAAAAUGGUCUCUUUGGUAGUCUGGGACGUUCCGUAGGGAAUAAAUUGAAAUCAAAACUGUCAAGGACUAAUUCAGUAAAAAAUUUAUCAGCAAUAUCACCUCAAGCCAAGUAUACGUAUUGUGCCCUGAUCAACUCAGACAAAAAACACGAAUAUCAUGAUGUGAUGAUUAAAAACUACUUAAGGACAGCAGCUGAACGUUUUCAGCAUUCACCUUAUGCGGAUACGACACCUCGUUAUGGAGCUGGUAAAUCUCGUUUUUACACUGAAGCUGAUUCUGAGUCGCAUGUAAAAGUCGGCCUGAUGACUCCUGUUAAGGCUGUCACAAAUGAAGACCCCACAAUGUACCUGUCAAAAUCCACAUUCUAUGACACUGGUUCACAAGUGGAUAAGUGUCGUACGGAAGACUGCGAGUUCUUCGGGUCGUCUGUGACUAAACAUCUCUGUUCAAAAUGUUACCAACUGUAUCAGCAGCAAAAAAAGGAAUCUGAUUGAAAUAAUAGAAAUAUUACACAAAGAUUUCAUCUCAACGUAACAUAUUUACACACACACCAACAACACAUACACAAUUAGUUUUUUUUAUUAAUUUUAAAAGUUUGUGACAAACGCGUACAUAUCUAAGUAUGUACAACACACACGUCCAUAAGUCGCAACAUCACUAAAUAAAUAAAUAAAAACGUCUUUUACCAAUAUUAAUUAUCACUCGUUCGUAUUGCAUAUUUAUACAUUUUAUUUAAUGUUUAUAUUUAUAUGUAUUGUGUAAUUCAAUACAAUAUGCUUGGGGCCUUUUUUUCAGUUGUUGAAAAUAAUAUAUUUUUUUUUAAACUGAUUAAGAAUUUUUUUUCUUUUCUAUCUUUAACUAGUCUUGAAAAAUACAAAAUUAAUAAUAUUGAUUAGUGUAGGUAUAUACAUAUAAUAUAAGUUUGAAGCAAAUUGAAAUAUUUACUCUAAUCUGCUGAGUUAUUAGUCACAGCUAUUAAUUGUAUUAUCAUUUUCAUGCUUAUUACGUUGUUGAGGCUCAUUUUUCCUAAACAAUUUCUGUUUAAUUUUUCAUAAUUAUAUUUUUGCAUUAUCAUAAUAAUUAUAAUUUAGAAACAUUAUAAAAAAAAAAAAAAACUAAUAAGCACUAACGGUAAAAUAAAAGCAUGUUAAUAUAUUAAUUUUGUUAACAGACUACGCGUUAAAUAUUAUGAGGUUUUAAAUUGCUCGAAAUGUUUUACGAUCGAGUAUCGUACUUGUUUUAACAAAAUGAAUUUAUUGUUCGUUUUUAAUUUUUUUUAUCUGUCAUAUCAUUGUGAAUUUGUAUAUGUACAUUUAUUUAUUUAUUUAUUUAUUUAUUUAUGUUAUUGAUUUUUGUAGUUAAUUUUUACAUAUUAACAGAAGAAUAACAUCAUGUGUACUGGUAAAUUAUUGUUUUUUACACCUGUUAUAACUAUGUCUGUACAUGUUUAUAUGUCUAUGGUUAUAUUAUGUUGUUGAGAAAACGUAAAAUAUAUUAAUUGUGAUUGUUUUAGAAUUACCUACCGUGCAGAUCUUUUAAAAUUAUUGAUUAUAAUGUUUAUGUUAACUGAGUUGUUAGUGUAUAUGAUAUCAAUAAUUGACUAAUACAUCUCAUCACGUCAUGUUUGUGAGACAGACAAUUAAUAUAAAUGCAUAAGCAAAAAUACACUUCAUUUUAUUCUAAAAAA